AUGUCGCUUACUUCUGUCCAAAACGGGCGUGUUCCGGACUCACGCUCGUUAACUCCAAUUCGCAGUGUACCACCAGUCAAAGAAAACGAACAACCAGAUCCAAACAUGGCAAAUCCACGCCUAAUUAUCAACCGCGCUCUCGUAUACGAGCGCCGACUGCCCGGAGAUGCCUAUAUCACCGCGCACGUCCAGCGCCUUCAGCAUGGCUAUUACUUCAGCGACGCAGUCUCAGAUGAGGACGCCGAACACGUAGAUUUUCUCGCCAUUGCAUUCACCUUUCAUUCGCCGCACACUAUCACGCACCGUAUCAAGUCCGCCACUAUUAGUGUAUCUGUUCGUGGAAACCGUGAUCUUUCAAGUUCGAAGUCGUACCCUUAUGGAUAUCCACCCGGUAACCCACGCUUCCUUAUGCAUGCGCCGCACCUGAUCUACGGCAGUGUUUCCCCAGAGACCAUGGAGUGGACAUUCAGUCUGGCUGGGUCCCUCGGAAUCUCAGAAUUGCCCGUCAGCGCAAGCGUAAUUCCCUCGGGGAGCGUCAAUGGUCGGUACAAGCGGUACGAGAUGAUGCGCAUCCAAGGCUCCGCACGUACUUUGAAUAACCCAGCUGGCCGCGAAUUCGAUGUCGAAGCUGGCAAAAUCGUCUGGUCCAUGGAAGAGAACAAUGUCCAGCGAUCCGGUCUGCCGCGCGAGUUCACCUUUGUCAUGUUGAUUCAAAAGCCCUCGGCAAACAGCAAGAUUUCUCUGUCGAUCGACGUCGACCCCGUCAUCGACGCAAUGAUUGGCAGUUAUCCAUCCUUGCUGCUGAAACUGCCCGAGUACCAACCUUUACCGCGUCGGGGCGUCAAUUUCCAACAAGAAGUCGGACAGCGGUUUGAGCCUGUAGACCCAGUGCGUGGGUUCAACUUUGCAGAACUCCGGAGCAUGUUCGAUGAAUACAUCGCUAUGCCAGGAAGGAAAUUCAGCCGUCAGAUCCAAAUCCCAGCUGACACCGGGAUCCCUGAGAAUCACUUCCAGGGCACCUACCCAGGGCAGUACGGGUCUCUAAACCCAAUCCCGUACCAACAACAACUGCAGACCCACAACCUAGCUCUGCAGAACAACAGCCUCUCCCUGCAGAACAACCUCCUGCAGACAACCCUACAAAACCUCUGGACCACCCAGCCGAGGAGUGAAGAAACCCAAUCCCGCCCGCAGCAGGUAUCCCCCCAGAGCCAAAACCAAAACCAAGGCCAAGGCCACUCCUCCCCCCAAAUUCCCCACCUUCACCCUCACCCAGCACCACCAACCCCCUCCACCAUCCCCCAAACAGCCGCCAUAACCAUCCCCCUCAACCUCCACCUCCACCUCGACCCCACCACCACCCACCUCACCAACCUGGCACGAACAAGCCCAGCGCGGGAAUUCCCCAACACGCGCGCGGCGAGCGGAGCAUCAAACACCACCUCCAGCUCCUCGCCAAGCCUAACAGAGUCGAUGAUCCCGCACACGGGCGCGCGUUCGCAGCGGUGGGGCCGCACUCUUUCGGAGAUUGCGGAGGGGGAUGGGUCUGGGUCUGGUGAUGAGGAGGAAUAUCAGACGUUACGUCGUCUGCCAAGGACGCCGAUUCACACGUCUGGGACUUCGAGGCGUGUUGGGGGGCGGGAUUUGGUCUUUGGGUUCUGGGUUUUCUGGUAG